GAAUCUGUUUUUUUUUUACAAAUAGUUCCAGAUUUUUUUUUACAAGUUUGUAAAGCGCGUAGCUUCUAUUCAAGACGCGUCUUAACUAAUUUACAUUUUAUAUAGUUCAGGAAUUUAUUUUUUUAUUCAUUGAUUUUGCGUGGGACGAUUUAAAAAAAAAUAAAAAAAUAAAUAAAUUUAAAUUUGGUUGACGCGGCUUGGUUUGGCCAGAUAAAUCCUACCUGGCAAGCCGGCGGGUAAAACAUGCCAGGGAACGUCCUGGCCAAGUACCUACCACGACAACACCAGACGGAUACCUUCAUCAUGAACGGCGGAGCUCACCACGGUGCGAAAAACAAAAUGGCGCCCUCGCACAAGGGCUCGACGGCUACCAACACGACGACGGCGUCAAGCUUGGAUGAACCGGAAACGCCAUCUGACCCCGCGGAGGUGAUGUUUUUCCCAAAAAAUGAGAACCAAAAGUCCAAGAGAAAUUGUCUACGGCGCUGGUCGAGAAAAGAAUUGUAUCUUCUGCUCCUCAGUGGCUUCUUGUUCGUCCUCUGUGUCGUCUUCGUCGUCGUGGCUUUUGCCAGGGACGUUCAUUUGAUGGAACAGCUUAGACGAAACUCAACAAGUAACGUGUGUAUGACAAAGGAGUGUGUCACUACAGCUGCCCAGAUUAUGUCCGGGAUGGACUUCACUGCCCAGCCGUGUGAGGACUUUUACCAGUAUGCCUGCGGGAUGUGGAAUAAGAAAUACGUCAUUCCCGAGGACAAGGCGACGUUUGGAACUUUCGAGAAGUUGUAUGACGAGCUACUGAUUAUCAUGAGGGCUCUGCUAGAGGACCAUAAGAGACCCGAGGACAGCGACGCCACGAUGAAGGCUAAACUCUUCUAUAGGUCCUGCAUCAACUUCACAAUUAGCGCAGUGGACGGCAGGAAAAUUGUGGACGACCUAAUUAACGAACUUGGUGGCUGGCCGAUUCUGGAUGACCGCUGGUCAAGCGAGGGUUUCAACCUGGCCAGAACGUUGGCCAAAGUCCGACUGAUGGAUACCGGAAGUAUGGCGGCCUUUUUGUUGAGUGCCGUAGGGGCAGAUGACAAGAACUCGUCGGUCAAUAUAAUACAGCUUGAUCAGGGAAACUUCGGAAUGCCUAGCAAAGAAUAUUAUCUAUUACCUAACCACAGUGAGCAUAAACUAGCCUACAGCCGUUUUAUGAAAAAAGUGAUUGAGUUUCUAGGCGGGAAAGGACCAGACUUGACACAAAAGGUGGAGGCUAUUCUGGAGUUUGAGACUAAACUAGCAAACGCGUCACGACCCAAUGAGGAGCGACACGACACUGGAGCUCUCUACGACAAGAAGACCAUAAGGGACUUCCAGAAACUAAUGCCUGGUUUUGACCUGAUGACCUACCUGACCCACCUGAUCCCUGACCCCAUCACAGAGGAGGAACCGCUGGUCGUAUUCGCCACCACCUACUUCCAGGACGCUCUCAAGGUCGUACAGGAGACGGAUGUCAGGACUGUCGCUAAUUACCUGGUAUGGCGCGUCAUCAUGAACUUAGCGCCUGAGUUCUCGGAGCCAAUUCUAAAAGCCAGCAACGAUUAUAAGCUUGUUAUACAGGGCGUGAAGAAGGACCAGGUGAGGUGGAAGAAAUGUGUCGAGUCAGCCAAUGAGAAACUUGGGAUGAUUGUUGGUGCCAUGUUUAUCAGGGACAACUUCAAGAAGGAGAGCAAAGACACGGCCCUAGAGAUGAUCCACAACAUCCGCGAAGCUUUCAACGACCUACUGGAAGAAAACGAUUGGAUGGACGAGAAGACCAAAGAGUUCGCCAAAGAAAAGGCAAAUGCCAUGAAGGAGAGGAUUGGAUAUCCGGAUAUUUUGACGGACAGCAAGCAAUUGGACUCGAAAUACGAAUCGCUGAAGUUAACAGAAGAUUACGUCCACAACGUCAAGCACAUUAUAGAAUUCUCGGCCCGGAAGUUGAUGUCUAAGUUACGUGAACCGGUUAACAAAACCAACUGGGAGCAGGAUCCAGUGGUGGUCAAUGCCUUCUACAGCCCAAAUGCUAACGAUAUACUUUUCCCAGCGGGGAUUCUUCAGCCUUCCUUCUACAGUGCGACCUUUCCAAAAUCUCUGAACUACGGGGGUAUUGGCGUUGUGAUUGGGCAUGAAAUCACUCACGGAUUUGAUGACAAGGGACGCCAGUACGACAAAAACGGCAACAUCAAACAAUGGUGGGACAACAGAACUAUCGAUGCCUUUAGACAACGGGCCCAGUGUUUCAUAGACCAGUACUCCAACUUUAAGCUGGAGCAGAUCAAUGAAUACAUGAGCGGAAAGAUCAGUCAAGGGGAGAAUAUCGCAGAUAAUGGAGGAUUGAAACAGUCAUAUAGGGCGUACAGGAAAUGGGUGGAGAAAAAUGGAGAGGAACCAGCGCUACCUGGCAUCGGUUUGAGCCACAACCAGUUAUUUUUCCUGAACUUUGCUCAGAUAUGGUGCGGUCUGAUGAGGGACGAGGAGGCUCUGAGAAAGAUUCGAACCUCGGCCCACAGCCUGGGCCCCAUCCGUGUGUUCGGGCCACUUUCAAACUCUAAAGAAUUUUCUCAAGCCUACGGGUGCCCGCUAGGAUCCAAAAUGAACCCAGUACACAAGUGUUCUCUUUGGUGAUUGGUUGAUUCAAAUUUGAAAAAUCUGUUACGGCGACUGUGAUUGGAUGAGCGUUGUGAUUGAUAAACAAAGAGUCUAUAAAGUUCUGCCUUCUAUUUUGUUUUAUCUUGUGUGAACCAAAACGAGGCUUGUGGAAUUCAUUUUUGUGUGGAAAGUAAAUAAAAAGAUUAGGAAAAAAAACUUUUUUUUUUCUAGUAAAAAGUGAAUGCUUGAAAAUUUGGAAUCAUCCAUUCAUAGACCUACAUACAUAAACAUACGUAAUGAUAUCUAUUUCGUACUGAGAGGUUCAAACCUACUGUUGAAAUGUAAGAAAAAAAGACUAUUGCAAGCGAGAUAACAUUGUAAAUGAGAAGCAAAGAAACUAUAAAUAGAUCUAAUAGUUUUAAAAAUUGGUGGAAAUAAACGUGUUGGUUUAGAUUUGGCGUGAUUAAAAUACUGGAUUACCUAACUUGGAAAAGUUAAAAUCUGGUCAAGUGGACUAAUUUCUAAAACUUUCAGACUUGACAGAUUACUCAUUACUUCAUGAGGAGAAUUUAGCCUCAACAAUUAUUUCUAAUUAUUUUAAAAACAUGGAAGGAUAAUCUUGCUGGCUGAUUUUUUGAGAUGUUAAGAAACUGGAUUGCGUAUCUUGGGAAAGGUUAAGAAAGUCCGGUUAAGUGGUUAAGUUUCCAGAACUUUCGGACUUUGCUUAGUCCUGGUUACGCCUUAUGGAGCAUAUGGCAUCAACCAUUUUCUCCAUAUAAAACUAUCAAAUGGAUAAGACAAGAACUUCAAUAGAUGGUGAUACCAAGUGGUGUUACCAGGUGGUGUUACCAGAUGAUGUUACCAGAUGGUGUUACCAGAUGGUGUUACCAGAUGGUGUUACCAGAUGGUGUUACAUGAUGGUGUUUUUCGAAUAUGUUUGAACCUAAAAUGCUAUAUAACUCUACGUUUUUCAAUU